GUGCGUCGGACCGCUGGGGCUCAGAGGUGUCAGUCAGCGAAAUGAGCGACCAAAGCAGUCGUUUCGCUUGUUCGACCUGCUGGUCCUGUGCGCGGGUUGCAGCCGCCGCGAGAGCCGCGAGAUUUGAAGGAGGCUUGCGCCGGCCCGAGCUGAGCAGCUGAGCCGCUUUCUGGCGAGGGGCGAGGUUCAGCUGGCUGCUUUGCAUGUCGGGCCCUGCCGAGUGUGAAAGGGCACACGGCCUUGUCCUUGUCUCGAGCGGCCAAAGCCUUUAAUGGGCCUGUUGCCUGCGCAGCCAUAAAGCUUGCCAGGAAAUAGAUAUCGUGUUGGCACAGGAGUUUGCAUUGCUGCAUCAUGUUUGCCAUUGUUUGCCUACGCUGCCCUCGCGCUGUUGCACAAGCAGAUUCUGGCUCAGGCUUGGGUCACAUAGAGGGUUUGAUAAAUUCGUUCCAUGAGAAUCUUGCUGUUACAUCUGCUGCUGCAACUCACCCUGGCUGUUCGCCAAGUGGCGCACGAUGACGUGCCGGACACGGAACUUGAGAUGGAAACUGUCGAGGAGGUCGAAGCUGCGGAGCAAGCGACGCAGCAGUCGAUCGAAAAGCUCGGCAUGGCUUUGCAGAACCAGCCUACAGUUCUCAUCCCGCUGCGAGGCAGCUUGCAGAUUGGGCCGUCAUUGCGAACGCUCCAUACCAAGAUGAAGGAGACACUCACAAUUUCACAUGGCAUGCCAACUGGCGCCACGCAUGACAAGAUAUGGCUGGAGUUCAAUCUCGCUGCAAAAGACGAGAAUGCUAGCACCAGCUUUGCAAAUGCAAUGGCGAAUUUUCUGGGGCAGCUUCACUUGCACCAGCACUUGAACGUGUCCGCAGAAGGCGAUGCUGUUUGCGUGAAAACGUCCCCCUUCCAGCUUCCAAACGUCACAAAGCACAUGCUUGAGACGGUGGUCAAGCACGUAGGGCAUCUGAAGAUUUCGGAGUCAGUGGAUGUUGAUGCCAAUGACAUCCUCAGUCACCCGGAUGAGCCUAUCUUCCAGGAGUUGUACCAAGGCUUUUUGGCGAGCGUCGAUGCAAGCUUGAGCGAUGCGUUGAAGGGCGUUUUCUCCAAGCAGCUCCAGAAGGAAAUCCCUGCUGGGUCGGCAGCCAUGCAGAUAUUGCUGUCGAUCUUUGCAGGUGCAUCUGUAGAUGCCAAGCUCGCUUACACUGCCAAAUCGCGCAAGGCAAUGUUCAGCACUCUGCCUGGCAAAUUGAAGUGGAGUUUCAGUGACAUCGUGCAGAUUUCCAAGCAGGCAGCUGAAAAAAGCCCUGCACGUGUCCGCGGCCCUCUGGCUGAAGCUGGUGUGAAGUUGUUGCAGCUGGCUGGGGAGACCUUGACUGCUUUCCAAUCCGUGGAAGUUAAGAAUUUGCCAGUUGGCUUGCAGGCGGUUUUGAGCUUUCACAACUUCAAUCCCUUUGCGAUCAUGGCCGCUAUCAUCCAGGAGGCUGGCAUUGCUGACAUCCUGCAGGCCCCUGCUGAGGUGCCAUUGCUGAAGAGGCAGUUAGAGCCGACUGAGGAAUCUGAGCCGACCGAGGAACCUGACACGCUGCCUUCGCAACCAAGGGAACUUGACCUGAGUACGGCGCUUGAGAGCGAAACUGUCGAGGAGGUCGAAGCUGCGGAGCAAGCGACGCAGCAGUCGAUCGAAAAGCUCGGCAUGGCUUUGCAGAACCAGCCUACAGUUCUCAUCCCGCUGCGAGGCAGCUUGCAGAUUGGGCCGUCAUUGCGAACGCUCCAUACCAAGAUGAAGGAGACACUCACAAUUUCACAUGGCAUGCCAACUGGCGCCACGCAUGACAAGAUAUGGCUGGAGUUCAAUCUCGCUGCAAAAGACGAGAAUGCUAGCACCAGCUUUGCAAAUGCAAUGGCGAAUUUUCUGGGGCAGCUUCACUUGCACCAGCACUUGAACGUGUCCGCAGAAGGCGAUGCUGUUUGCGUGAAAACGUCCCCCUUCCAGCUUCCAAACGUCACAAAGCACAUGCUUGAGACGGUGGUCAAGCACGUAGGGCAUCUGAAGAUUUCGGAGUCAGUGGAUGUUGAUGCCAAUGACAUCCUCAGUCACCCGGAUGAGCCUAUCUUCCAGGAGUUGUACCAAGGCUUUUUGGCGAGCGUCGAUGCAAGCUUGAGCGAUGCGUUGAAGGGCGUUUUCUCCAAGCAGCUCCAGAAGGAAAUCCCUGCUGGGUCGGCAGCCAUGCAGAUAUUGCUGUCGAUCUUUGCAGGUGCAUCUGUAGAUGCCAAGCUCGCUUACACUGCCAAAUCGCGCAAGGCAAUGUUCAGCACUCUGCCUGGCAAAUUGAAGUGGAGUUUCAGUGACAUCGUGCAGAUUUCCAAGCAGGCAGCUGAAAAAAGCCCUGCACGUGUCCGCGGCCCUCUGGCUGAAGCUGGUGUGAAGUUGUUGCAGCUGGCUGGGGAGACCUUGACUGCUUUCCAAUCCGUGGAAGUUAAGAAUUUGCCAGUUGGCUUGCAGGCGGUUUUGAGCUUUCACAACUUCAAUCCCUUUGCGAUCAUGGCCGCUAUCAUCCAGGAGGCUCGCAUUGCUGACAUCCUGCAGGCUUCGGGAGCCUCGCACGGCACAUGAUGCGACCAGUGGAGGCAUCAAACCGGAUACCCAAAGUCACGGAUCGCAAGCCGCAUGACUCCAUUCCCGUAUGAACAAAUGCGCUUAAUCUCUGUUCAAAGUGACGCAGCUGUUUGAUAUCAGCGUGGCUUCAUAUGGCUCAGCAUGCCGCGAAGCGGCUGGAGAUUAUUCAUCCCUGGGCCGGGGGGGCCUGAAAGUAUGAAGGAGAAGAAAGUGCAAAGUGCAGCCUGCACGAUAGCUGAUGUUGGA